AGGGUGUGUGACCCGGUGAUAAGAUUAAGUGUAUUGGUUUGGAAUUAGGAGGAGAGGAUCGAAGGACAAAUAUAAAUGAUACAUCGGGAAUGCGUCUGCUAGCAAUGCUGUUUAACAUGAUUUUUUUAGGUUGUUGUGACUGAUUCUUGCGUAAACCAGCAUAUAGUGAAGAUUCACUCGGCCUUACGUUUGAAUCAAUUUCGUUUUUUUUUCGUACAUAUUAGGUGAUUAAAUCUUUUCUCGUGGCCAUAACCGGUUAGCUCGUUUUACGGUAUCGGCAUUUCCUUCCCUCUUGGGGUCGAUUCCAUAACAUUGUUGUCCCUUUAUGAUCCUCGUCAUCAUUCGCGUAACGAAGGAAACCUUUGAAGUGAUCUAGAUCUGUUAGUUUUUAGCUCAUUCAUAUCAACAACCAAGGAUGCUUGCACAGCCCACCAGAACGAUAUAAUUCACGUCUCUGCUCGCAAUAAUACAACCUAGACAUAAUUUUCUUUGGUGUACAUUCCAUUUUUUACGUUGUACAAGAGCAUCGAUUCUCACGAAAAUAGCGUAAUUAGUGGCAUUCACGCUCGUCUAAUUGCCAUAAACACCAUAAUAGGGUGUCGUGUCGUGCUACUUUUAUUUCGUGUCUAGCUACCUACAUCAGCACAUGCGCAUCCUUGCAUCUUUCUACUCGCACCUAACGUUCUUGCAAGAAAACUACUAGAAAAAAUGUCGGUUGACAGUUAUAUCGUUGGCACCAUCCGGAAGGAAGUUGAGGCCCAGUUGCCGGCCACGAUUCGACGUGAGGUGGAAAGCCGGCUCUCUGAGCUUCGCCUCGAUGAUCUGGGAGUGGGUCGGAGAAAAUCUGCCUGCAGUUCAGCGGAGUCUCAAGAACAAGAUGGUGACCUAAAUCAAGAAGGUGCUGGUCGUGGUAGAAGUAGUCGUAGUGAAGGUGCUGGCGGGGUAGUUGAUGAUCAACAAUAUGCCGAUUUUUAUCCUCCUCGUGGUCCACCUGCUGGUGGCACAGCAGGAGCUUCUUCAUCAAGUGGCAGUGGUGGAGAUCAGAUGAGUCCGGUGGUAGAUCGGAUGCGAGAGCUCGUGGCUGCCGAGGUGGAGCGACAGUUGUCGGACCGGUGGUCCGAGGAGCGCGCCCUGGCCGUGAAGCAACGGGAGAAGGAAUAUGAAGAGCUGGCGCACCGUAUCGAAAAGGAAACAAUGACGGCCAAAUUGGACAGCAUGAGCUCCAAACUGGAGACCAAGGUGGACCAAGCCGUCGAGCAGCGCGUGCCGGUCGCAGUGGAACGUGCGAUGGAGCGGCAAGUGGCGUGGCGCCUCGACGAGGUCAGAUUACGUGCAGAGAGCGGCAUGGACGACAAGUUGCGGGACAUGCGCGAACAGUUAGCGCAGCUCGGAUACUUCAUGCAGAACGCUUUCGGCGGAAGUGCUGGAAUGACACUACCAGAUCCCGCCGCCUUUCAGUCCUUGGUAGCGACUAGCGGCGACACGACGGUCGGGCUACCUGCACUUAUUGGGGAUGGAGGCACCUAUUCCGCGAACUUGAAUAGCCAGACAACAGUAUCUGCUUCCUCGAGCGCACCACAGGGGGAUCAACAUCAACAACUUGCUACCUAUAGCGCUCGUGUUGCCAUUGGUGGAGAGCAAAACACGAAGCAUGCGACCGCAAGCGCCGAAGCAACAGCACGCAAACGUCGGAGGUUCGACGCUGCCUCUUGUGAGGUGGGAGAUGAAAGCAGUAGAAUAGAUAUGCAUACUUCUUCGUCUAAGCUGCAGGAUCAUGAAGAACAACAACAAGACGGUGCUAAGCUUGUUUUAGUUGAUAAGCAAAACAACUCCAUUUUCCGCGCGCCGAGUUCGGGAACCGGAUCUUCGCCAAUUGCGAAAGGGAGCACGCCGUCGAGUACGGCCAGCACCGGGGCGUCAUCGGGGCAACCGGCUACUCCAGCUUUGGUGGCGGAUCAAGCGAGAAAACGAAGCGCCUCUUCUGUGUCCUUUGGCGAGCGCAGUUCUGCGAAAACUGGAGAGGGCGCCGCGACCGCUGUCGAGAAGGAAGAAAAGUCGAACAAAAUGGCGGUUGAUGUUACCGGGAUGAAUCCAUCUUCCCCUUCAGGAGCGGGCUUUGGCGUGGAUCGAACCGAGAACGGACGGUCAGCAUCGCGUGGGCCAUCGAGAGGACCGUCGCGGCGGCCUGACCGCGGGCCAUCACUGUUGGGCGAACGAAAGCGAAAUGGUACCCACGACACAAGUAACGCCUGCAUGGCGCGCUUUGAGGAUACCCUGGGUGGGGGCCCUUUGAAGGCAGAAGCUGCUGAAGGCACGUCGAAACCGGUUGUCGCGGAGUCUGAGCAGUCCGGUGAUGUCGAGCCCGAAGUUGAAGCAGGCAACGCUGGCAAAGAGGAGCAGCGCUUCAGUGCAGCAAAACAAGAAAAUGCCGAAAAUACGAAUGAGGAUGUUGUUAUGAUGUCCGGCAUCGUGAUGGAAGUCGGGGUCGCUGAGCAUGAAUAUGGCACUUCUGGUAAUACAUCUUCUAGUCAUGGAGCAGGAGGCGCUCUCUUAGGGCGCGGAGUGGGACAUAGCCGGCCACCAGGCAUGCCUGAUGCAUCGAAUAAGCCGACUGAUGCGCAUGCAGUGGCAGCAGCGAACAAGAACAGUGGCACAGACCCUCCGAGUCCAAACACGAAAAAGGAAGUUGCAGACACAGUAAAACGGCCACCGGUCUUUGAAAAGCGCGGUGGGAUGGCCAUUCUCACAGGCGCCUCCGGUCGGCAGAUCUCGUUCCCCGAGUUUGAAGCACCCCCAGAGCAGCGACCUCACAAGACGGACAUUCGUGCACGUUUCGAUGGUCCCAGAGCAGACCCGGGCUUCGCGCCAAUUACCAAAGCGUUGCCCCAUUUAGAUCCUGCACACCGGGAAGCUGCCGAACAAGAGCACGCGCGUCAGCGGGAAGCCGCCCGCGGCCGGCAGCAUCUCCCCCGUCAACAUAGGGGUGGGCUUGCGGAGGGCGAGUUGAGCUCGUCCGGCGCCAAUGGAGAUGUAGAAAUUGCCAGUGGAAUCAGUAGAAGUAAUAGCAGUCCUCCAGAACACUGGAAUGGAAACGGGGACUUCGUUAAUGGAGUCGAGCCGGGUAGUAGCGAUUCGUCCAUCGGUGUGCCCUCGUCAUCGGUUCCCGGCCUCGUGCGUGGUCGAAGCGCGAGUCCCACGGCCGGUAGAAAUCAGCCCACUGCGGCUGUACCCAUGGCGCCGGGUUCGCCACCUAGUUCGCCCCGCAGAGUUCACCACUUGGACGCGAGGCCAGUGGAGGUGCGAAAAAUUCUGCCCCGCGGAGGGUCGCUGUUCGCGAAGCUGCACUUCUAUCCGGAGCCCGCAUCCUCCAAAAACGAAUUCGUCGCUCUCGGCCCACUGACGACUCAGGACAUAGCAUCCUCUACAACCCCACGAUCGCCAGUAGAGGAAGCGGAGUCUAUCUUCAAAAAAGACGUCGCUGUGUCAAAAGGCGCAUCCGAAGCUACCUCGUCUCUGCAAUAUGAGGAGACGACUUUUAUUGACGGAACGUCACAUGCACAAGAGAAUACAGCGCUGAGUGAUGGCGCAAAAGAGCAGCCGGAAUCACAAAAAUAUGGCGUUUCUGUGUCGCCUGAAGAUGGUUUCCAAUUACAGCACGAGAAAAGUUCGACUAGCUCUCCCUCUUUUCUGUCGCACGGUGGGCUACGAAAAGGAUCGGAGAGUAGCAUGAAAAAUGAUGGCCAUCAAGAAUCAACUGAGGAUGGGCGCGACCCUGCCCGACCGAAAGCGACGAUAUCCGCGUCAAAAUUGGCGGCCGCACGGUCAUCCCAGCGUCUUCCCAAAGGCGCUGGUGAUGCGGGUCGAGGCAAGAGCCUCGCGAGGGGGCAGCAGACGUCGCAGGGAAGUAGAGGGCGCAUGCUGCUUUACAGUUGCGAGCAACAAGCAAGCAACGACAAGCGACGGCAAGCCUCCAAAUCGAAAUCAGUUACACCACCUUCAGGCACCACUACCAUGACAUCAUCUAAUAAUAACACCUCCAGUAGCUGCUCUACUAGUGCUUCUGUCCAACUCCUCCCCUCUAGUGGGACUAGAACUACAGGAACCUCCGAUUCCGAUCGUCAACAUCAUGUUCAACAGCAGAGUGUUAAAAAUCAUGCAGAAAACGCGCAACGACCAGGUGUACAACAAGAUGUAAGAAGUAGACGAUCAAGCACAGUGUCCCAACUUGCUGCUGACGCCAUCGAACGCGAUUUGUUUGGCGGAGCAGUUGGUGGACGCGACCCUCGUAAAGACGAGAGUCCGAGUAGUACCAAAGACCCCAGCUCUACUACUCGUACUAGAACAGCCCACAACGUCAGCUCUUCGUCUUCUACAGAGGCUUGUGAAAAAGACGCAGAGGCUGUCAACUUCCUCUUGCAACUGAAGAAGUUUGAGAGCAUGGAGGCCGCAGAGAGAGGUAUUACAACUACAGCGACUGAAGACGAGGAGUUGAACGACGGCGAUGUUCAACAGGCGGCAGGCUUUGAAGCUAUCAGUGAUGAGACAGUGGAAGGCUUCUUCGCAUUUGCACCACCGGGAGCAAAAAUCCACGUUCGUGCAGCGGCAGGCACAAAAGGAAAAAAGGGGACAAAAAAAGGCAGCGGCAAGAAGUCUGGGAAGCAUUCUUCAGUGAAAAAAGUGUGAAGCUUGUGUAGUCCUGUCCAGCGAAAAUUUGAACCCUUCGGAGCUGAUAAUUUUCAUCUAGCCAUUGCAAAUCCUGUGCCGUCCAUCACCAUAGAAUGACCCACGUCACUCCACUUCCUCCCGCAUUAUGACGAGAAAAAUAGAUAAAAGAUAUAUUGACUUCCGUGUGUUGUGUACUUAUAUGAUGGAACACUUAUUCCGCAUAGUAUUUUAUCCAGCUAGUAAUUUAGUACGAUGACAACGAUGCAUGAUCAAGAUCAUGAAUAUUUUAUCACACGAAACAGAAGGGCACACCCGAAUUACACAUAAUGACAUAGCACUAAGAGGAAUUUUUUAGAAGAAUAGUUUGUUCGCGAUCACCGGAAGUACUUAAAUCAAAAUAGUACGAUCCUCUUCCACCCGCGAAAAACGAAUGAUUCAGGCUCCCUAAUGCCGAACCGUUACGAGGGUGACCAUAUUUAGUCCGCGACCUUUCUAGAAGAUGUGGCUUCAGAUGAACUCACCAUGCACUUUUAUGUUGUUCCGAUUCAACUUUUUCUGCUCAACAAGUUCGUCCUUCGUUGUUUGUUUUCCCCAUACUAUCGAUGCAUUCGAAGAAGGUUCGACUUGUUGUUGUUCGCAAUCAUCUAUCAUGUUCCACUACUUAAGUACCUGCUCCCUACUCCCUCCGGGAUGUAUUCCUUCAUUGGAGUUUGUUAUGUAUUUUUUACGAAGAAGCAGCAGAGCAUGAAAAUUUAUUCAUGAGGGUUACAGCGCUUAGGAGAAUCAGCCUGUCAGACAUUGCAACCUACUAGUUAGCAGCCUAGAACCACCCAAGCAAAUCAGGUUCCAUUUGCACAAGUCCCGUGGCCAAACAGUGUCGGGACACCUAUGGCACUAAUGUCACAUUGAAUGUGCGAUGUCGGCGAGCACCUGGUAGCGUUAGAUUAUAGCCGCCAUUAAGACCACGUGGUUCUCAUCACCACACACUAUGGUGCCAUUUCUAGUUUAGAGGUAAGUAAAAAUGUGUGGAAGAUGUAGAAAUACCGGGAAGAUGACUAUUAAGUUACGAGGAAGGUGGAAGCAUCGCCGAUGCUAAUUGUGCAACUACCUCCCUAGUAAGUCAUGGGAACGCUGCUCUUUCGAUGCUAGGAUCAAUGUAGCUUCUACAACAUUUUUUCACGUGAAAGGAGCAACGUGUGUUCCCUCGUGACAUCAAAGGCAAUAUCCAACAUACUCCUGGCAAUGUGGUGCUACUGCAGCACACAACAAGCAGGCAAACGUACGAAUACGAAUGAUGUUGAUGAACGAGGGAUCGGCGACUGCAAGAAGGGAUGGAGGUUUCCUUUUAGUAAUGAACUUCACCUUUGGAACACACAGAUGGGGCUAAGAAUGCAAUGAU